GUGAGAGAGGGAGGAGAGAUCAUCAUAAAAUAAACCAGGAGCGAUUCUGGCAGCGGUAGUGGCGCUCUCACUCUUCUUCCCACGUACCGCUUUAGCCGACCACCACAAAUCCACACAGUGACAAUAAUUAAUCUCUGCUUGCAACCACAACACCACACCACACUAUCUACGGGACUCUCGCUUCAGUGUUGCUACUUUUCAUUUAAAAUACGCUCUGGAUUAGCGAGGGACAGCACAAUAUCCGGGGGCUACCACGACUCGUUCUUCUCCCCUCAUAAUCUGAAUGACGGGCGGACGGUUCGAUUUUGACGAUGGUGGCACAUAUUGCGGUGGCUGGGAGGAUGGAAAAGCCCAUGGGCAUGGCGUCUGUACCGGGCCCAAGGGCCAAGGAGAAUACUCCGGGUCCUGGAACAAUGGUUUUGAGGUAGUGGGGGUGUACACCUGGCCCAGUGGAAACGUGUAUCAGGGUUACUGGGCACAGGGGAAACGACACGGAUUCGGUGUGGAAUCGAAGGGAAAAUGGAUUUAUCGUGGUGAAUGGACUCAUGGAUUUAAAGGUCGAUACGGGGUCCGGCAAAGUCUCCACACGCCUGCUAGAUACGAUGGGACAUGGAGUAACGGUCUGCAAGAUGGAUAUGGAGUUGAAACGUAUGGUGAUGGAGGUACGUACCAGGGGCAGUGGACAGGAGGAAUGCGACACGGAUAUGGUGUGCGGCAAAGUGUACCUUACGGGAUGGCUACGGUUAUUCGCUCGCCUCUUCGAACCUCGCUGGCCUCGCUCCGGAGCGAACAGAGCAACGGCACCGUCCUCCAUGCCAACCUCGACCUGUCAGACAGCCUUGCCGGCACCAGAGGAGGCUUUGUUCUCAACUUCCACAGCGAAGGCGAAGGUGAGAAGAAAAAAGGCCUGUUCCGAAGAGGGUCCCUGUUCGGCAGCCUCAGAAACCUCAGAAAGUCUGACUCCAGGUCGUCCAUAUCAAGCAAACGCAGCUCCGCCCGCAGCGAUGCCGCCAGCUCCAUCAGCCGAAUCAGCUCCAGUGAUGCCAAUUCCACCAUCAGCUUCGGAGAUGGAGUUGAUGAGUACAUGCCCCUGGAGGACAAUGUAGAUGCCACCACCACUGAGUCCUACAUGGGGGAGUGGAAGAACGACAAGCGGAACGGCUUUGGUGUCAGCGAGCGCACCAACGGGAUGAAGUAUGAGGGAGAGUGGAUGAACAAUAAACGCCACGGCUACGGAUGCACAAUGUUCCCAGACGGCACCAAAGAAGAGGGGAAGUAUAAAAACAAUGUGUUGGCGCGAGGCAUCAAGAAGCAGCUCAUUCCUCUCAAAAACACCAAAACUAAACAGAAAGUGGAUCGGGCUGUAGAAGGAGCCAUACGGGCAGCAGCUAUUGCCAGAACAAAAGUAGAAAUAGCCACUUCAAGAACGGCUCACGCCAGGACUAAAGGUGAUGCUGCUGACCAGGCCGGUCAGUCAGCCAGUCAGGACUCAGACAUCGCCAGGGCAGUGGCCAGGGAACUGUCUCCCAACUUCCAUCAGCCAGGCCCUGAUUAUAUAAAGCAGAGGUUCAAUGAACCUAUUGAACCUAUUGUCCAAGAGGAGAAGAAAGAGAAGUCCUCCUCAAGUAGCCCUCAUUUCUACCGUAAAGGCACAACCCCAGACCACUCUCCCACUGCUACUCCCCAGCCCUCUCCCCCACCAACACCCCCACCAGCGCCAGCCCCAGAGCCCAAGAAGAGCCUCUUCAGCAAGCUCACCCCCAAGCCAGGGAAAGAGAAUAAAACCCCUUCAGCAGAGAGCCAGGCCCCGGUCAUCACAAAGGCAGUCUCUAAGACAUCGUUGAAACAGGAAGUAAGACAAGAAGUGCCUCCCCAACCGAAAACUUUAAAGAUGGCGGAGUCGGUCCCCGUCAGCCCUGGCAAUGGACAGCUGCACACUGACACUGAGUACCACGGCUACUACAUGAAGGCAGACGUGAAGAUAUACCCAGAUGAACCUGAGGGAGUAGAGGAGGAGCAUGUUACCCCGUCCACCUUUGCCCAGAUGCCACAGCCCGCAAAACCUAUGGCGCAAUACAGGACACCCACCCCAAAACCUGGAGCGCCAAAGUCAGCAGCCAAAGAAAGCAAACCUGAGCUAACACUUAAGAAACAAGAUUCGCAUAAGCCAAAAAGCCUAGCAGAAACUAGGAAACAAGCCAGCUUGGAGAUCACCACGGAUUUCGUAGAGGAAGAGUCAGGUCCUAACUCAAUACUGGUUGCCCUUGUAAUGCUGUUGAAUAUUGGUCUAGCAAUAAUUUUUAUCCAUUUUUUAACCUGACGGAAUCUAAACUGAGUGAACUCAUCAAAACUAGUGGCAUAGGUCCCUAACUCUCUGCAUUUGCGUCAACGGCCUUUAAAAAUGGCACCGGUCAAGCACAGACACAGGCAAAGGAGGACUGUAAAUAGUGUGAAACAUUGGAGAAAGAUGAGACCAGGACCAUUCGGCCCAGACGCUGCCCAGUUUCGCUGGCGAUGAUUUGUGACUCGCUUUGGUUCUGUGAAAGCUGAAGCAAGCAGUCAUUGGGAAAGCAACAAAAAAACAAUCUGCUGAUCCAAGCUGUUUACCAGUCAAGUGCGUUGCCACUUCAUAUGCCCUGACAGGGGGGAUGUGGAGGGGGGUGGGCAGGGGGGGAUAUGUUCAGAGAUGCACUUUUAGUUGACAGAAGCUAACAGCUGCCUUACUAUUUUACCAUCUGACGUUUUAGUGGAGAGAUGCAGUGCACAAGGCUGCCAGAGGAAUGUGUUUCGGCAGACUUUGCUGCCUUGGGAGUGCGUCUCAGUGUGUCUCAGUGUGUCUCAGUGUUCACUCUACUAUUCACUUGGUCGAUAAGAAAUCAUACAUGUUUCGAAGUGGCACUCACCAGUCUUAUUCCAUUCCCCACUGCUAAAGCCUUGUCUAACUUCUCAUGUUAGGACAUGCUUGUGCAUGGGGCUGUUUCAAGUGCAUCUGUUUUAUGUAUUAGUUAGUAACUGUUAGGUUUUCAUAAUUGUUUUCCCUUUGUCCGUUUAUCCUUAGGUAUUACAAAUUAUUAAGAUAAGAUAGUAUUUAUUUAAGUCUAGUCCAUGCAUUUCUCAAACUUUUUGAAGAUCCUUCAAAUUCAAAGGAAUUUCCAUAAAGCCUAUGUUACACAAAUCAGUUCAUUUGAAAGAAAUUGCAACAUUUAAUUCCAGUUAUUGUGAGGACAUAUUUCUAAAUAGUCAAAUUUGAGAGUAAUUUAUAUGCAAUUGAAGUAUCUUAGCAGUAUACAUACAGGCACAGAUGUUUUUGACUAACCAGCUAUUGGCUGGAGGCUGGCUACAUAUAACACAAACUUAUAAGAUGACAUAGUUAACCAACACUGUGAUAAAAAAGUAGACUUUAUUUGAAGAUGUUAGUAAUUUAGAGCUAAAUUUGGGAUAUUGAAUCAUUUUCCGACUGAUUCAAUAAAACACAUUUUUAUUUCUAUCUAUCCAUCUAUCUAUCUUUUGGGAUAUUGAAUAAUAUUCCGACUGAUUCAAUAAAACACAUUUUUAUUUCUAUCUAUCUAUCUAUCUAUCUAUCUAUCUAUCUAUCUAUCUAUCUAUCUAUCUAUCUAUCUAUCUAUCUAUCUAUCUAUCUAUCUAUCUAUCUAUCUAUCUAUCUAUCUAUCUAUCUAUCUAUCUAUCUAUCUAUCUAUCUAUCUAUACAGCCAGUGAUAAAGUUUUGUUAACAUGGCUAGUCAUUCACACAGUGUACUUUAUGUAUACUGACCCUACAGUAUAUUGCACCAAAUUGGUUGCUUGUAAUUUGAUUGAUUUUAAGGCAAAGGACUGUAGUUUUGGGUGUGGUUUGCACGUGCAGAUAGAUUUUGCCAGUUUUUCUUGUGCAAUCAAGGAUCAAUGUGCAAACAUUUUUUAGUCUGAAGUGUUUUGUGAAAUAAAGGCAUAAUGGUUCAUUUUCAAAUGGAAGCAUAUGACUUUCCAAUUUCUUAUUUUUUUCCUAUUUUGUAGGAAAUAUGGCGUCCAACAUUGAUUUAUUGCCACAUGAAUAUAACAUACACAGUAGAUUGGCACAUGAAGAGAAUACAUAAGAAUAAAGUGAUUUGUUUGGUUUGAUUUUAAUUAGAAAAUAUGCAGUUGCAUCUUGUAGAAUAAUGUUGAGGAAUUGUUAGAUUUAAAAAAAAAACUGUGUGCACAGGUUGGUUGGUUGAUGCAUGUCAAAUUGUUUCCUUAAUAGUUUGGCGUCUUUAAUUUGGCCAAGCCAACACCACAGCUAGCCUACCAACACUGGACCUCAUACUUACUAACUUGCACGGUUGUGAAAGCAGCCCAAUGCUCGAAACCUACUCCGCAAUAACACCUUGUUAUGUGUGUUGAAUGCAUUCAGGUAGAGUAAAUGGUUGGCUAAAUGUCAUAACAUUAGCAUGACGUUCCAGUUUACUUUGGAUAAGACAGUAGAGAGAGAGUCAUUGUCUUAAAUAUGUGAAAGUCUAAUUACUGUAUUCAAUGUCAUCAAUAUAAUAUUUUAUUUUUGUUGUGACUAGUUAGCUAAGCAUGCCUAUUCGGUUUUAUUUUUUGAAUAAUAAAUAUGUUCUGUUUGCUCAGUUAAAAUAGAAUGAAAUGUAUUAUAUUUAUAAAACUGUACAUUUUGGUAAACUGUUUGAUAGGUGUAGGAGAUGCAUUUUCACUGGUUAUGGUAACAUUUCCAUUUGCAACAAUGCUGAGAGUAUGGUAUGAGGAGGAUGUGAAGGAUGCAUCAGUUGGAAUUCAGGGCAGUAACAUUGAGAUGUUUUACAGAGGUUUGGUCAGACAGACUGCCACAGAGAGAAUGUGAGAUUGGAAGAAGAAAGCAUCAGAAGGGGAAAUGGCUCCAGAUAUGUUUAUUACUACUUUUCUGAGUGUAAAGUAAUAAAGAACAUUUAGAGCACAGAGUUAAAGGGCAAUUCCGCCACUUUUCCACCUCAUAUUCAUGAUCUCUUGCACCAUACCACCCACUGGGCACAGAUGUCAAGUCAACGUCUUUUCCACAUUGGUACAAUGUAAUUUCAUUGAAAUUACAUGGAAACAACGUUGAUUCAACCACUGUGUGCCCAGUGGGAAGUGUCUACAUAUAUGAAAACGGUGCAUUUCUAUGAUCCGUGGUUAAAAAGAGGAAAUACCUAAAAAAAAAAAAGCUUCUCUAUGACAUCACAGGGUAGGACUAAAAGUAAGAAAAACUGUGAUUUUCAAAACUUGUAACGAGUUUGUAGCCAGAGGGAGGGUAUUUUCUUGCUCCCAACGUCAACACAAAUCUCAUAGUGUUUGAAAAUCACUGUUUUUAAACUGUCUUAACUUUUGAUGUCUUCAGGUGGAACUUUUUACUUCAUAUUUUUUCUACUAAAUAUAGAAAUGUGCCGUUUCCACAUUUGUAGACACUGGUAUUGUGCUGGAGAUAAUGACAAUGAGCUUGAAAAGUGGGUGGAGUUGCCCUUUAAAGAGCACAGGCAAAGUUCAAAGUUGAAAGAACCACAAUGAAUGAUCAAUAAUUUAUUUUUCUUGUCUAAACUGUAUUUGCACACAGCUAUGUAUAAGGCUAUUUUCUACUAAUUGUACCUGAUGCUACAUACAUUUUUUUGGCCAAAAUUCUGAGCUGUUAUUACUGUUUAAAGGCAAAGGAACAGUCUAUUUAUGUAUGAUUGUAUUUUUCUAAAAUGUUCUAAACUAUAUUUUGGAAAACUGGCCUGUAAACUUUUGGAAAAUGUAACUUACAAUUUGAUAGAUAUUUUUAAUUAGUGAUUUUAAUAUUAAUUCAAUAUUUGUGAACUGCUGCCAGGCUUACAAAGAAUAUAACUGAAUACAAAAUAAACAACAUUAAGCUAUA